AUGUCGUCCGCCGCGAAACGCCUCGCCGGCAAAACCAUCCUCAUCACCGGUGCCUCCUCGGGCAUCGGCCGCUCCACAGCACUCGAGUUCGCCCGCACCUCACCCGACAAUCUCAAAUUGAUCCUGACAGCGCGCCGCAUCAACCGGCUUCAAGACCUUGCAGCCGAAAUCACAAAGGAGCAUCCCGGCGUCAAAGUCCACCCGGUGCAGCUGGACGUGAGCAAUCCAGAGGAAGUGCGAAACCUGCUGGGGUCUCUACCGGACGAGUUCAAGGAGGUCGAUGUCCUGGUUAACAAUGCCGGCCUCGUAAAAGGCAUCGCCCAAGCCCCCUCAAUCCUCGAAUCGGACAUGCAGACCAUGCUCUCCACAAACGUCACCGGCCUCAUAAACAUGACGCAGGCAAUCCUCCCCUCCAUGCUCGCGCGCAACAACGGCGUCGGCGCCGGCGACAUCAUCAACAUCGGCUCGAUCGCCGGCCGCGAGCCCUACGUCGGCGGAAGCAUCUACUGCGCCACGAAAGCGGCGGUGCGUUCUUUUACAGAAUCCCUGCGGAAAGAGCUGAUUGCCACGCGCGUCCGGGUGAUUGCGGUUGAUCCGGGGCAGGUGGAGACGGAUUUCUCGGUUGUGAGGUUUUAUGGGGAUAAGAGUAAGGCGGAUAAGGUGUAUGAGGGGUGCGAGCCGUUGACGCCGGAUGAUGUGGCGGAGGUUAUUGUGUUUGCGGUGGGGAGGAGGGAGAAUGUGGUUCUUGCGGAUAGCUUGGUGUUUCCGAAUCAUCAGGCGAGUGCGACGAUUAUGCAUCGGAGGUAG